GUUCCGAAUGAUGGCAUCGGUGUUGUUAAAAUAUUCACUGGUAGGGCCUGGAAUGGUUUUACAUGCGGAUAAACCCCGACAUAGUGCCUAUGGGUUUUUCGGAAAGAUGACAAUUACCUUUUUAAGUUUACAGACUGAAUGAAGAUGAUGGAUCCAGCUGACCCUGCAACAAAAAUGUCUUCAUCCUUUGACAAAUCAUAGCAAGCAAGCCGACACCAAAAGUUAAAAUGAAGGUUAGCCUGCUGUACAUCCUUGUUACAACAAUACUUGUAGAGUAUGGACGAAUUAUGACAAAAACCAUUAAUGACGAGGAAGGCACUGACGAUAUACACCGCGUCUCAAAGAUACAUUUGUCAGUUAAACAUGAUAUGAUGAUCACUGCUUCCAAAUUGCAUUCCAUGUUGAGGGAUGCUCUUGAAACAAUAUCAUUAAAAAAAUUCUCGAAGAACUUAUUUUCCGAGAGGCUUGUUCGCCCUGAAAUGUUAUUGAAUGUGUAUCCUGUGUUUGGUCCGGGAGUUGGACCAGCUAUUGACCUUUUCCUUUCCUCUGCUACGCCGCCGUCACGACAGGAGUUAAUGUCAAACGAAUCCCUGAGAUUGUGUACCUUCCACAACUAUCCAGCCGCCCAUAUUGUCAGCUGUCUACUGAUGGCAAAAGUGGGACUUUACUACAGCGGCCAUAAUGAUGAGGUCACAUGUUACUCGUGUGAAAAAAGUAUCUCCGGGUGGAGCCUGGGUGCCGACCCUUACAAAGUACAUAAAGAACAGUCACCGAACUGUGAUCACCUACGUGGUAUGGAGUCGGAAAUGAUGUCUGUGACAUCAGGAAGCAGUGCAACAGCUCCAGGAGCAAGCAACGGAGAUGUUGCAAAUCAAGCAACAGCCACAAAAAGUGCGACAGCAACCAAUGAAACCAGUAUAGGAAGUAAAUCCGACACAGGCUACAGCACCGGGUCGGCAACCAAUGAUUUUGUAGAGACCGCAGGAAGCAAGUUUGGUGGUUCAACAGCUGGCCCAGUCAGUACUGCCGACAACACGAAACCACAAACUGCUAUUUCUGACAACAGCAUAAAGUCUUCAGGAUCCGAGGACAGAAACAAUGUUUCCAGUAGCAUUGGUAACAAUAACUCGCUGUCAAGCCACAGUGAGAACAACAGCCAGGACAGUCUAACCAGGAGUGGCACAAACAGUAGGAUAUCACAGGAUACAGGAACACACGCCAACAACAUCCCAAGACAGCCGGUCAGUUCCCCUACGGCCAUACAUACCGCAGUAUCAAGUAACCCGGGAACAGCCAUUCCAAACAGAUCACGAGCGUUCUACCCGGACUAUGUUUUACUGGCCGACAGAUUAAAGACUUUUGACCGAUGGCCAGCAGACAUACAACAGACUCCGGAUCAGAUGCUGGACAGUGGCUUCUUCUAUGCUGGUUACGAAGACUGUGUCCGCUGUUUUCAGUGCGGAAUCGGUUUACGUAACUGGGAGCCUCCAGAUAAUCCACAUGUGGAACAUGCAAGAUGGUCGCCAAGAUGUGCUUUUCUGCUACAAGUUAAAGGGCCGGACUUCAUCAAUCUUGUAUUGGAUGCUGUUGCUCAGCUUGAACGGAGAAACAACAAUCCCGAGGCUGCCGAAUCAGCAGAGCCUACAACUCAAACCUCCAACAAUAAUAUAGUUACCACUACAACUGGAACACUGAAACAGCAGAGCUCAAACAACUCGGGUCAGAACAACGCCAGCCCCGAUAUCACUCCAUCAGGAGCACCACCAGCCUCAAAUGCUACGUCGACGACAUCUUCCUCGGGAACAUCGUCGGUCGCUCCAAAGUCUACAGCUACGACACCAUCCACAGGUUCAUCCAAAAGUGGAUCUUCUUCUCCGCAGAAAAAAAGCAUGAACGAGGUGAAAAAUAAGAGCACAAAGGACAAUAUCACGGUAAAAAAUGUUAAAGGCAGUGAAACCGUCACAGGAUCAGACAACAAGACCGAAGGUUUGCCGAAUCUGAUGGAAACUGAGGUCGUCAAAAAGUUAUUAAAAGAUGGCUAUGACAGAGACAGUAUAAGAGCAGCACUGCAGAUCCUGCUUGCCAGAAAAGACCCAGAAAAAAUUAACGAAGAUCAGAUUCGUAACAUCAUCAAACAGAAUACCACAGUACGAACGAAACAACCAGGUUUGUUCGGAGGAGGUGAUGGGACGGAAAAUGUUCCAAAGGAGGAGCUUCAGAGAAUCAAAACUGAGAAUCGAGAAAUGAGGGAGAGGACGGUCUGCAAGAUCUGUUUGGAAGACCAAGUGUCGAUAGCUUUUAUCCCUUGUGGCCACUUAGUGGCAUGCUCUCAUUGUGCUCCUGCUCUUACUAAGUGUGCAGUGUGUCGUAAACAUAUCACCAAUAAAAUUCACACUGUCAUGAGUGUGUAGACUCCCACGAGGAAAAAUGUCUUUUCUUCAUCACAUUUUUUCUGCUCUUGAGUAUCAUGAUUUACCUAUUUUGGUUGUAGUGCCCCAUUUAUUUUCAAACCUGCCCGAAGGGCGUCAACUUAUUCAUUUAAACAAUUUCUUCUCAAUAACCAAGAGGCCCAGGGACUUGAUAUUGGGCCUGUAGCAUCCUUGGGUGAAGGGCUACCAAGUUUGUUCAAAUAAAUGACCUUGACCUUCAUUCAAGGUCACAUGGGUUAAAUAGGCUAUAAUCUUCAAACGACUUCUUCUCAAUAACCAAGAGACCCAGGGACUUGAUAUUGGGCCUGUUACACCACCACAUCAUUAGAAAUAAUCAGUAUCAUUUACAGGUAUCAAUAUUUGUUGUAUUGAUUAAUUAAUGAAGACACUAAACAUAUUUAUAACUGUAAGUUAAUUUGUAUCUUUUUUUCAACUGAUCAUCAGUUA